UAAGUCACAUGUAAUAACCCUUCAUAAUUGCUUUGGUCUUUCCCUCUCUCACUUAGUCAAAAUAUCAUUCCCGGAAACUUCAUCCCCUGCAGUAAAGGAAGAAGAAGAGAAUCAGAUACAGUAACAAUUGAUGGGAUCUUUCAACCAGCAAAGAUCUGUUCCUAAGUUCAAAUCAGCAACUCCGUCGCCACUUCCUCUCUCUUCCUACUUCUCUUUGCCUCCUGGUCUUACUCAAGCCGACCUUCUUGACUCUCCUCUUCUCUUCACUUCCUCCAACGUUUUGCCAUCUCCAACGACAGGCACUUUUCCUUUGAAGUCUCUAAACUGGAAGAGCAACGGUUUGCUCAUCGACCAGAAUGAAAUCAAAGCUGAAGAUGGGAAGGAGAAGCAGUUUGAUUUUGCAUUCAAUACCAACCAGACAUCUCCUCUUUUGUUCAUAUCUCAUUUUCAGACAGGAGAUGAGACCUCAACUCAAGUGAAUGUACCCAAAGUUCAUGAGUCUGGUAACAAAACCUCUGAAGAUGGAUACAACUGGCGUAAAUACGGACAGAAGCAAGUCAAAGGAAGCGAAAACCCUAGGAGUUACUUCAGAUGCACUUAUCCAAACUGCGUCACAAAGAAGAAAGUGGAGACGUCUCUUCUGAAGGGUCAUGUCACUGAGAUUGUCUAUAAAGGAAGCCACAACCAUCCCAAACCCGAAUCAACAAGAAGGUCAGCUUCCACUGCGGCAACAAGUGACGUCAGUUCUCAUCAGAGUGGUGCUGGUGAAGAUAACGUAGUAGAUGCCAAAAGAGGGAAAAGAGAAGAGGCUGUGAAGGAGCCAAGAGUGGUGGUUCAGACAACAAGUGAUAUAGACAUCCUUGACGAUGGUUACAGAUGGAGAAAGUAUGGUCAGAAAGUCGUUAAAGGCAAUCCAAAUCCAAGGAGCUAUUACAAGUGCACAUUCACAGGAUGUUGCGUAAGGAAGCAAGUGGAGAGAGCAUUCCAUGACGCAAAGUCAGUGAUCACCACUUACGAAGGAAAGCAUAACCACCACAUCCCCCCAACCCAAAGAAAGAUAUCACACCUCAGCAUGGCAGAUUGUGUUAGCUUUUAGUUUUUCAGAACGUUAUGUUUGGCAAAUGAUGUAAUAAACACACACAAAAAGGCACAUGCUAUUAAGCUGACAUUUUGAAGUAAAGGGCCAUUCACUUU